AUGACGACAGAGGUGGAGGUUAAUCCAUUUAGGCCAGGAGGUGCACUAUCAAGAGAGGCGGAAAUAAUUUUAAAGAAUUCCACUAUCCUACGAGACACGGUCAUUAUCAAUGAUCCAUCCCUUCAACGGCCGAAUGGAUCGGUAGUUGCGAACAGCACUUCUGAAUUAAGUUCAUCUCCCAUUAAACCAUCCUAUGUUGGCGACGUUCACGCUUCGCCAACUCGACAGACGUCCAACGGUCACACAGCCAAAGAGUCAGCUCCUGCAGCCAAUUCCUCUGAGCCAAUCAC